AUGUUGUUAAACAGUUGUGCAUGGAUAUUGAAUGUAUUGUUGAUUGAAGUACAUUUGGUUUCGACGGGGCCAUUACGACUUAGCUCAAACAAUGAAGUAGAUUCUGUAGUCUUGGCUGAUGGCGAAAAAGCAGUAAUUAUCGAUACAUCGACCUCAUUUAGAGUUGAACGAUUGGACACACCAAUAGAGCGGAUUGAAAUACGAUUAAUGGAUGAGAAUGCAACACAACCUGUAGUAAUUGAUAUCCAGAAAUCAAUGCAAACCACGCCAGUCUCACGUGCGGAAGCAAGCGCAAAUUCAGUUAUUGAAUCUAGCGGCUUGAAAGAAAGCAGCGGAAAUAAAAAAUGGAAGACUGAGGAACAAAAGUUGCCAUCACUGGGAGGAUUUGAGCUUAAAGUGGAGAGAAAGGUCGAACAGCACAUCAAACCACGUCUUGACCGCCGCUGGGACAAGCAUGACCAUAUAGCUAUCUCGCAACCAGAAUACGUUGACGAUUUACCACCUAUCGACAUCGAUGAUGAGGAUGAAGCACCAUUCGAAGUUUUACCUGUAGAAAGAUGUUAUCUAAAUCGAGACAAACUAACUCCUGACAUUUUGAGUGAUAUGGAUCGAGAUAAACGUAACUUAUCCAGAAUUAUCAGACAAUACAAUACUCAACUUCGAGCAUAUUGUAGUCCUGAACACGAAGCGCGUGAUGAAGCUUUUAGGAAUUGCCCAUUAUGGCGUGAAGAAAAAAUGAUACAUUAUUACAAAUGGAUGCGAUUACUGUAUUGUUCAGAUUAUAAUCUGUGGCCAAAUGCGCCUAAAAUCAAACGUUCGUUUGGAGCUAAUUUGGCACUUUUUGAAAAACUUUACGCAUUUAUGCCAAAAUAA